GAUGGAGGAGUUGUUGAAGUUAUUUAUCGUUAUUUGGACUUUUCUUAUGGGAAUUAUUAUAAUACUGUACAUAUGGAAGCGACAUAAACAGCUCACUGCACAAGGAAACAACCAAAGAGAUAUUUCACCGCGUUUAGGGCUUCACGAGGCUAGACUAAAACAUUUUACGAAUAUUCAGGAAACGACAAGAAAAGUUGACAAAGAACCAAAUAUCCAAGAACCUGAACCAGAAGGGGAAGAAAAUAAAUGUAGAAAGCGAAAGACAAAUAAGAAAACACAGGAUAAGUCAGUAACAGUUGAAAAGAAGAUUAUUAAUGGGCCGGAUGCAGAGAUAUUCGUCGAAGACACGAUGAAGAGCACACACUUUGAUCCUGACACAGGGUGCCCAAUCACCCAACCAAUCAAGACUCUAGACGAGGCCAUGAGAUGGAUGCAAGGCUUUGAUGAGUUCAAUGUUGCUAGGUUUUUGUUACCAGCAGGUUAUAAGGGGCUUGAAAAUAGACCAAGAACACUUGUCUGCCAUGAUAUGAGGGGAGGAUACAUUGAAGACAGAUUUGUUCAAGGAUACCCAUCAUGUGAUUGCUAUCGUAUCUACCAUUGGCAGUACAUAGACAUCUUCGUGUAUUUUAGUCAUCACUUCAUCACUAUUCCUCCACCCACUUGGACCAAUGCGGCACACACAAAUGGUGUAUUAGUACUUGGGACAUUGAUAACAGAAUGGGAUGAUGGUGCACAAAGAUGUAGUGAAUUCCUUGAAGAUGAACAUUCUUACAAGGCUCUAGCUAAACAGCUGGUAGAAAUAGCAGAUUAUUAUAAAUUUGAUGGCUGGCUUAUUAACAUCGAAAACCCUAUUCAGCCAGCAAAAGUGAUCAAUUUAAUAGAUUUUGUUGAUUAUCUGACUAAAGCUGUUCAUCAACGGAACCCUUUUGGUCAAGUCAUUUGGUAUGAUAGUGUGACGUACAAAGGAGACCUUCAAUGGCAGAAUGAACUGAAUUCAAUGAACGGGCAGUUUUUCGAAUCAUGUGAUGGGAUAUUCCUGAAUUACACAUGGUCAGUACACCAAGUGUCUACUUUAGGCCAUGCUGCUGCAGCUUAUCAACGCCCACUUGCAGAUGUUUAUGUAGGUGUAGAUGUGUUUGGACGUGGCUGUUAUGCUGGUGGAGGAUUCAAGACAAAAGAGGCUGUGAAGAUAGCUAGACAGGAAAAACUAUCUACUGCAAUAUUUGCUCCAGGAUGGGUUUUGGAGACACAAGGAAAACAGAACUUCACUGUCAAUCAAAAUAGAUUUUGGGCUCUUUUGAGCAAGGAAUGUCCAACACAUCCAAUGGCAAAGGGUAUACCUUUUGUUACAUCACUCUGUCAGGGAUAUGGGGAAAAACUCUUCAUCAAUGGCAAGGAAGUGCUUAGUCAUCCCUGGACAAACCUUAGCUGCCAGCAGAUACAGCCAACAUAUAUCAAUGCUUUUUAUAAUCUUGGAGGAAAAGGGGGAAUUAUUAUAAGUGAUGUUAGUUAUAGCCUUGAUGAUGCGUACAAUGGAGGGGGGUGUCAGCUGGUCCACGGACGAACAUGUGAAACGCCAGAGAAAGCCAAGGGUGUGGUCAGGUUGUUUGAGACUGAUAUGACACUUUCUUCUGGGAUUCUUGUUUCAUUCACCUACAAACUAGUACCCAAGGAUUGCUUUCAAGUUGGGCUUCAGUUCCACACUGAUCGUACACCAACAUAUAUUUUAUUAUGUCCUUCUCCCAGUGAUGCAAAAGACUUUAAGAAACAAGAUGAAGAGGAAUCAAAGCUCAGCAAAAUGUUUAAUCAAAAAUAUGGGGUUCACACAUCAAAGGUAUUAUCAUCAUCAGCAUUCACCUCUCCAAUUGGUAAAGAACACUUUGAGGCAUAUGCACCAGUGACGGCAAGUGAUCAUGAUGUUGUUCAAAGAAUAUUUGGAGUUGAAAAAUCUGCAGAUGGUUGGUGUACAAGGUAUUAUUUGAUCGCUGGUAGACAUCUUGUUGGGUGUCAGGUCAAGGAAAUUCGUGUAGUUUGUGCAAAGCCAUCAAAUAACCAAACCUUACCUGGGCUUAUAAGCACACCUUUCAAGCUACACAUUGGAGAAAUCAAGAUUCUAGACCCACAAAUACUAAGAACCUUAAUUCCUGUGGUCAGUAACCUAAGACACAGAGAUGUCAUCUGGAAAACUGGUAGCCAUGGAAACACUCUUAGCCUCACACUCAUGUGGGAUUGUCCAAUCCAGGCUGAGAUGGAAAGUAUUUUGUACUGUGAUGUUUACACAGUCAUCGGUGACAGCGAAUCAAAUGUUUUCAUUGGAAGAAGUUUCGUAGAUUCUUAUCGUGUCUGCAAUUUGAAUGUACCAAAGCAAUGUAAUUCAGUUGAAUUCAUAGUACAAUCUUUAACAAUGUCAAAGCGUUCUAAAACUCUAGAAAACAACAGUAGUAUUCUAGUCACUUGGGCUAAAUAACUUAUUAAAUAAGUGGAAAAAAAUUGUAUCCAUUGGUAUCAGAAACAAAUUGGAAUUAAGAUAUAAAUAAAAUUGUAUCUGUGAAGAAACAAAAGAAAACAACAUGAAAACCUAUAAAGAGAGCAUUUAUUUAAUGUG